AUGUUUGGAUGUGGAAGUGCUAUCAAGGAACUCGGCUUGGUAUUUGACAAUCCUGUGGAUGCUGGUAGACCAAGUCCCUCUUUUAACGCUGAUAUUGCCCCCAUCCUGACAAACCGAUGCGCCAUUGCAAAGUGCCAUGUCGUUGAUGGUCCCCACGAUAUUGAUCUCCGCACGUAUGAUAGCGUCAUAAAGGGUGGAGACGAAGGUGCUAUCGUUAUUGCAGGCGAUGCGAUGGAGAGCGAAAUGGUGGAAGAGAUUGCGGAGGGCAAGAUGCCUCCUGAAGGUCCACCCUUGGAGGCAGCCCAGAUCCAACUCAUCAUUGAUUGGAUCAAUGAGGGUGCUGAGAAUAACUAG